AUGCGAAAUAGACAUCGAGGAUACCUCCCUGCUGAAGAUGUAGAACAGGAAUUCGAAUUUGAUGCCUUCAUUUCGUAUGCUGAUGAAGACCGCGGUUUCGUUGUGAGGGAAAUGCGCGAGAUUCUGGAAGACCAGGAGAACUUUAGUCUGUGCAUCCACCAUAGAGACUUUCUCCCGCGAGAAGCCAUCGCGGCCAACAUCCUGAAAGCCAUCAGUUCCAGCAGAAAGACUGUGGUGAUCCUGACCAGGAACUUCCUGAAGAGCUACUGGUGUAGAUACGAGAUGGAGAUGGCCAAGAUGGAGAGUAUCUACACUGGAAGGAACACCUUGCUGAUUGUAGUCAUGGAGGACAUUCCUGUGAAGGAUCUUCCUGUGGAUAUAGUGGAGGUGAUGAGACGGGACUCGUACGUGGAGUUCACAGAUGACAUGGAGGGGAAUGCAGUGUUUUGGCACAGCUUGAAGAGAGGCCUUCGAGGAUGA